AUGGUUAAACCGGUCGCAAAGGCCGGCUCAAAGACCAGCUUCAAAAAGCCCGGCCCUAAAUCCGCACCCGCCAAAAAGUCCCCCUCUACAACUUCUCCCUCUGCCGCCAAAAAGUCCUCAGGAGGAGCUCACUUCCGCAAGGGCAAGGGCAAGAAGGCUGCAGGCGAGGACGAGGAUAUUUCUGAUUUCGAGGAGGUCGCGAUGAGCGACUCGGAUGUCGAUAUGGAAACCUCGCUCGUCCCUCGCAAGAAGCCUAUGGCCAACUUGGACCUGGAUGAUCUCAUGGGCGAGACUAUUGAAGAUGAAGAGGAGUUUAUCGCCAGCGCCAACUUGGCUGCCAAUAAGAAGCACAAAAAGUCGGGAGGAUUUCAGUCCAUGGGUCUGAGCUUCCCAGUGUACAAGGCGAUUUUGCAUAAGGGAUUCAAGGUGCCAACACCAAUUCAGCGCAAAUGUAUCCCCUUGAUCAUGGAAGGAGGCGAUGUUGUCGGAAUGGCCCGUACCGGUUCAGGAAAGACGGCUGCAUUCUUGAUCCCUAUGUUGGAGAAGCUCAAGUCGCAUUCGGCCAAGGUCGGAGCCCGUGCUGUUGUUAUGUCGCCCUCGCGUGAGUUGGCGAUGCAGACCCAGAAGGUCUGCAAGGAGUUGGGCAAGCACACCGAUCUCAGGAGUUGUAUCUUGGUCGGAGGUGACAGUCUUGAGGAGCAGUUCGCCAUGUUGGCCGCCAACCCCGAUAUUUUGAUCGCCACCCCCGGUCGUCUGUUGCAUUUGAUUAUCGAGAUGGACUUGGAUUUGAAGAGUGUUCAGUACAUUGUCUUUGAUGAGGCCGAUCGUCUUUUCGAGAUGGGUUUCGAGGUUCAGUUGCACGAGAUUUUGCACCGCUUGCAGCCCAACCGCCAGACGCUUUUGUUCUCUGCUACGUUGCCCAAGCUUCUUGUCGAUUUUGCCAAGGCCGGUCUUCAGGAGCCCACACUUGUUCGUCUGGAUGUUGACACCAAGAUCAGCAAAGAUCUCGAGAUGGCAUUCUUCAGUAUUAAACAGCAGGACAAGGAGGCAGCAUUGUUGACAGUUCUCCGAAACGUAAUCAAACUGCCAUUGGACACAGGAGUCAAGUUUGAGCGGGACGAGGAGAACCCCAAGAAGCGCAAGCGUGUCGCCAAGGAAAUUAUCGGCGCCGCAACUGAGCACCAAACCAUCGUCUUUGUCUCGACCAAACAUCACGUCGAGUACGUCUCCAACAUCUUGAUCUACGCCGGAUACCAGGUCUCGUACAUCUAUGGAUCCCUGGACCAGGCGGCUCGUAAGAUCCAGAUUGAUCGGUUCAGGAAGGGAUAUUCCAACAUCUUGGUCGUCACGGAUGUUGCUGCCCGUGGUAUUGAUAUUCCGGUCCUGGAGAACGUUAUCAACUAUGAUUUUGUCGACAACUCCAAGGUGUUUAUCCAUCGUGUCGGUCGUACGGCCAGAGCUGGAAAGAAGGGUUGGGCAUUCUCUUUUGUCUCGCCCGAGGAGUUGCCGUAUUUGAUUGAUCUGCAGUUGUUCUUGGCCAGGAAGAUGGUUGUUGGUUCUUCGGCUGGGUCGGAGCCUGACUACACUUCGGAUAUUGUCCUUGGUGGGUUGCCAUUGAACCAGUUGGAGGAUGAUAGUGAGUGGGUCAAGAACAAUGUCUUUGAUGACACCAACUUGCAGGCGCUCAAGGGUGUCUCUGUCAACGGUUAUAAGCUCUACUGCAAGUCCAGACCCUCUGCAGCUGUUGAGAGUUAUAAACGUGCCAAGGAGAUUGUUGACAUGAACGAGUAUGCCGAGCUCAGCCCUCUCUUCGCUGAUUCUGUGGAUACCGAGGAGAAGCAUCGAGUGAACUUGAUUGCCUCAAUAUCCAACUUCCGUCCCGCAGAGACGAUCUUUGAGUUUGGUCAGCGUGGAAUCAAGGGUUCAACGGUCGCCUCGAAUGUGAUGAAGACCCGUCGCGGAGUCGUCGACAAGGUGAUCUCGAAGGCUCGUCAGGUCAAGGCCGGUCUGACCGUCAACCUCUUCCCUACCGAGGCAGCAGCAGCUGCUGACGCCGAAGGUGAAAAGACGACAAACUUGGGACCCGAGGCUUCUGAGGCCGAUCUUGAGGGUGUCUUUAAGCGGACGGUGGGUCUUUCAAAGAGACGUACUCCUGGGGAAGGAUCGAGCUUCAAGGAGAAGCCUACGACUUUCAAGGACGAGAACUUUUACAUGUCGCACACUCAACAGGAUACCAACACUGAGCGCGGAUACUCGAUGGUGAACACUAGCAACUCCUUCCUUGAACAGGCCCAACAUGCGACCAUGGAUAUGAACGGUGACGAGCGCGAGACGAUGAAUCGGACCAGAAACACGAUCAAAUGGGACGCCAAGAAGAAGAAGUUUGUCCAGGGACUCGGUAUUGGUGCUGACAACAAGAAGCUCAUCACGACCGAGUCGGGUAACAAGAUCUCGGCUUCUUUCAAGUCCGGUCGGUUCACGGAUUGGCAGCACAAGACAAAGACGAAUCUGCCCAGGGCUGGAGAGUUGGAGUUGCCGUCUUCCAAAGCUACGCUGGCGGCGAAGCGGUUCAGACAUACCCGACAGGAGGAGGCCAAGCCUUUGGAUCCUUUGGCCCACGAUUAUGAGCGCAAGAUUAAGCGUGCCCGCUUUGAGGAGAAGGAGACUGCCGCUGCCGGUGGUGCUCCCUCUGGACGUGGUGGACGCGGUGGCGCUCGUGGUGGCAGCUCUCGUGGUGGUCGUGGUGGCCGUGGUGGAUCUAGCGGCAUCCGCUCAGAGCUCAAGUCGUCGACUGUUAUCGCAAAGGAGAGAUUGGCCUUAGAGGCCCGUCGCGAGAAGACUGGUCGUCAUGCCGGUUCGAACGUCGUCCGUGGUAGUCGUGGUGGCCGCGGUGGUCGCGGUGGCGGACGUGGCGGUUCUUCAAGAGGCGGUGGUGGUGGCGGAGGACGUGGUGGCGGUGGUGGUGGACGUGGUGGCGGUGGCGGUGGACGUGGUGGUGGCGGUGGAGGACGUGGUGGCGGCGGCGGAGGACGUGGAGGUGGACGCGGUGGCGGACGUGGCGGCCGUGGCGGAAGACGCUAA